AUGAUUUGGAAUAACCUUACCCAGACAAUAAUCUGCCUUUUUCUUACUGGACCUGGAAUUAUGGGUAAUAUCUUAAUAUUCAUGAGACAUGUGUAUACUUUUGUCAUGGCAACUGAGAAAAAACCCAUAGACCUUAUCUUCACUCACUUAGCAUUUUCAAAUACACUCAUGAUUUGUAGCAUAGUUAUCAGAGAUACAGCCACAAUUUUUUAUUUCCAAAACUUCCUUGGGGAUGUUGGUUGUAAAACUGUGGUUUACUUGGUAAGGGUGGCUCGAGGCCUCUCCAUCUGCACCACUUGUCUCCUCAGCAUGUUUCAGGCAGUCACCAUCAAUCCUAGGGCCACCCUGUGGGAAAAACUCAAACCACAGACUGCAGGGCAGGUUCUUUUCUAUCUCCUCCUCUUUUGGAUCUUUAAUUCUCUGAUAAGCUCCAACAUGUUGUGCUACAUCACAGCAGGUAAUAAAAUGAACCAAUCUCAAUUUGACAAGUAUGGUGAAUAUUGUUAUAUGCUACCAUCUAGGCUAAUAGUGAGGUGGUCUUUCCUCUCUCUCAUGGCUCUCCGUGAUGUUGUCUUCCAGAGUCUCAUGGGCUGGAGCAGUGGGUCCAUGGCUCUGCAUCUGUAUAAACAUCAUAAGCGUGUCCUCUACCUUCAUAGCUACAGGUGUGUGAACAUUUCCAGCCCAGAAAUCAGAGCUACACGUAGUACCCUCAUCCUUAUGACCUGUUUCCUUUUCUAUUACUGGGCAGAUUUCAUCUUUUCCUUCUACACAGGUUCCAUGGUGACACAUGGUUCCAUGGAGACACAUGGCUCCAUGAUUCUAAAUAUUAAAACAUUCCUAGUACUUGGUUAUGCUGUUCUCAGUCCCUUCAUCCUUAUCACCAGAGAUGUCCAUGUGACUAGAUCCUCAAAUAUUCUCAAGGUGUUACAGAAAUUAGACUCUAAGCCUAUUUCUCCAUGA